AUGGGGGGAGCACUUUUGAGUACGCCAUGGAGGAAUCUGCCGCAGAACAAAGAGGAAGAUCUCGAUUUUGUGAAAUUGUACAAACCUGGAUACAAAAACCUCAAACAUCUCAGAAUUCUUCUCUAUGGACCAAUUGGUGCCGGCAAGUCCAGUUUCAUCAACUCUAUUGACACCAUUUUACAAGGCAGAAUUACCGGCCGAGCUCCAACAGAUGCAAUCUCUGGGAGAAGCUACACCACAAAGUACAAAACUUACAAGAUCAAAAAAGGUCCAGAGAGUGUUUAUCCUUUCGUUUUCAAUGACAUCAUGGGCUUUGAGCAAAACACUGACACUGGAGUUCUUGUGGAGGACGUCAAACUGGCCCUGCAAGGACAUGUGGAAGAAGGCUACCAGUUUAAACCCAAAGAUCAACUGGAGGAAGGUGAUGAAGGCUACAGGUCAUCUCCCACUCUGGAUGACAGAGUUCACGUUCUGGUUUGUGUCAUGCCUGCUGACAAAGUCUCUUUAGUAGAUGAUAAAGUGGUGAAGAAGAUGAGAGAAGUCCGACUGGCAGCCAAUGAACUGAAUAUUCCCCAACUGGCUAUUCUCACCAAAGUUGAUUCAGACUGUCCAGAGGCAAAAAAAAAUCUAAACAAUGUCUAUAGGAGCAAGUACCUAAAGAAUCAGGUCGACAAAUUCUACAUGUUGAUGGGGAUUCCACAAAACUGCAUCUUUCUUGUGAAGAACUAUGAGCCAGAGCCCAACAUCAGUGCUGACAUGAAUGCACUGAUAAUGAAUGCACUGAGACAGAUGAUUACCUUUGGAGAAGACUUCCUCAGCGACCCGUAGACCAACAUUCUGCUGACACAAACCUUGGUCAAAGCAUGAAAACAAAGAAAGUUUAAUGAAUUAUGCAAUCUUUGUUUAUGUUGCAUUAUACACCAAUCAGCCAAUA